AUGGAAUUAACUCCGUAUAACGCCAGCGGGUCGCUGAAGCCAUACGGACCCACAGACACUCCGAUACCGAUACCGAAAGCGAGACCGAUUUCAAGAACUAGUUGUCAAUGGAAGAGGAACUCCGUUUUCGGAAGCUCCUUUGUAUUUGGGGCCUCCUUGUUUGCUCAAGUGUGCAAAGUGACCUUUUGCUCACAGACCAAACUGGGCGCCGACUGCCUUGAAUCAGUUCCUGUACACGAGGUGCAGUGGAGCCAAUCACAGCUAUCUACCUGUACAGCUACACAGAGCGAUAAGGAUUAA